UGCUGGUAGCUGUGAUUGCACUGUUCAGUGCAGUGGCAGCAAAAGAAGAUCCAACCCUUGAUUGCAUGAAACAGUGUCCAGCGAUAAACCCCAACAAUGAUGUUUAUUUCGUGCCCCACCGAAAUUGCUCUCAGUUCUGUUCCUGCAACUAUGGAACAGCCUACAUAAUACCCUGCCCAAAGGGUCUCUAUUUUUCGGAGAAGCAUAACACCUGCACCUGGCCCCGCGACGCCAACUGCAAAACUGCCCGGCAGAUUGACGAACCCAUUGCAUUCCUGCGUGAUCAGAGUCCAUUCGAUUAUAGAUCAUACAGCCCGUGCAUUGGAAGCUGCCCCGCUAGCGAUCCACCUCAUCUAACAGUGAUCCUGGAGCAUCAAGAGUGCGGUAAAUACUGUAAAUGUGUCAAGGGAGUUCCCCAGGAGCAUAAGUGCCCGUUGGAUUUACACUACAGCCCAGUGUUGGGAGUCUGUACUUAUCCAGGUGAAGCCAAGUGCCCAAGAUGGACUACACCCAAGCCCACACCACCUGCAUGUUGGUGCCCUGGUACUGAUACGUCUACACCAACUGUGACUGUAACACAUACUGCAACUGCAUCAAGUACUGCAACUGUAACUGUCACACAUACUCCAACUAAAACAACAAUCCCAACUGUCACCGUCACACAUACUGAAACUGCACCAACAACUCCAUCUCUAAGUGUCACACAUACUCCAACUAAAACAACAAUCCCAACUGUCACCGUCACACAUACUGAAACUGCACCAACAACUCCAUCUGUAACUGUCACACAUACUCCAACUACAACUACAAUUCCAACUACGACUGUCACACAAACUCCAACUAGUACAAUAACUCCAACUACGACUGUAACAGUGACUCCAACACCAACUAAUACACUUCCUCCCCCUGGGCCGACACCUCACCCUGAUGCGAAAGGAUGUAUUGGUACCUGUCAGUACGUUAAUCCUGUGGACGUAGAGCAGCUCCCCCACAUUCACUGCAGUAAAUUCUGCAAGUGUAACUUUAUGGAACCCGUGGUGUUCAAUUGUGAAAAAGGCCUUCACUACAAUCCUAUAAAACGAGUCUGCGAUUACCCUGGGAGGGCUGAGUGCACAGGAAUUAAGGACUAA